AUGUGGAUCCACCUCUUCCGCAGCGAGCUCUUCAUCGAGAACGUGAGGGGGCAGCCGAAGCGGUUCGCGCGCACCGGAGGCUUGAUGCUGCAUCUGCGCCCGAGCCGGAAGAACCUCUACAUCUUGAACAAGAUGACCACCAACAACGCCGGGUGGACUCGAGGGUGGUUCUACCUGCGCAACUUCAGCAGCAAGCUCCCGGCGUUCACCAACAGGGGGUUGAAGUGCCACCCCUCGAGGCCUCCAGUCCCGGAAGAACACCAAAUCAACCGUCUGCACGCAGAGAAGUUGAAGAGGCGGAAAGACGCGGCGGAGGCGACGGCCGAGAGGAAGAGGAAGAGAAAGGAGAGGAACGACAAAGCGUGCAAGAUUGCACGCGCGGAGGGGAAACCGCGGCCCUCCACGCCCGAAUCCACGGAUGAUGAGGAGGAGGCCUCGGAUGCCGAGGCUCACCCCUCGGGCGAUGACGAGGUGGCGGCAGCGGCGGGCGCGAGUUCCCCGCCGGUCUAUCAGGAGGAUGGCGGCGAGGCGCCAGCGACGGCGGAGCGGAGAUCGCCCAAGCCGGCGGCGGGUCGAGGGUCACCCUCGCCGGCGGUGGGUGGAGAAUCGUCUGCACCCGCGACAAAGCGGAGGUCUCCCCGGCCAGCGAUGGACGAGGGGGUCCCCGAGCCCACGAUGUCGACGGGCGGAGGUGGGUCCACGGCGGGGGCAGAGGCGUCCGCGCAGAUGGCCUCGAGGCCUCAGCCUGUUCCGAGGGUGACACCCUCGGAUCUGGCGUCGAGGGGCGUCGAUGUGCUGCGGGCUCGAAGGAAAGGCACGGGCAAGCGCAGCAUGAGUGCCCGCUCCGGGGCCGCUGCCAAGGACGCAGUCCCGCUCGCGCCGGUCAAAGCCCUCAAGACCGAGGCACGCGCCACGCCACACACAGCGCCGCAGCCUCUGCCUGUCGUAGAUAUCGUGGCGAAGGCCGCUAAGCUGCGAGCGGCGAUGGCUCGAGGGACUCAAGCGGCGCAGCAGGCUCUAGCACCGGGGUACGGGGGCGACGCUGGCCAGAGCGGAGCCGAAGCAACCGCUCUGGUCGACGCCACGGAGGAUGCCGGUCGGGGCGGCGCAGAUGGCCCCGCUGGCCAGGAGGAGAUAGGGUGGCUUGGGCAACACAACGCCGAGUUGGUGCUCAAGAACAUCGAGGCCAACACCAGGAUGAUGGAUCUGGGGGCGCGCCAGCGGGCGCUAGAGGAGGAGUUAGCACGGGUUACCGGUGAGCGUGACGUCCAGAGGGUCGCAGCGGAGCAGAAGGCUCGGGAAGUCGAGGAGCAGACUGCUGAGCUGCAAUACCUUAGGACGGCGCUUAAGCAGAAGGAGACCGAGCUUCUCCAGAAAGAGGUGAUCGUCGUCACGCUCUCCGGGACCCUCCGGGAAAAGGAGCUGAGGCAGAGGGUGGUGGACGAGACCGCAGCGAAAGAGGCGGUAGGCACCGCGCUCAUGGCGGCUCAAACGGAGUACGCUGACCUCGAGUGGACCGCCGUGAGCGUGUGCCAGGAGCUCGAGGCGGAGGGCACUGUAUCUGGUAGCUCGGUGAUUAGCCUCCUGCGAGCGCUAAGUGGCCAGAUCACUGAGCACGCCAAAAGCACCUUCCGCCUCGACGACACCGACACGGACGCCGCGUCAGCCAUCAUGGAUGACGCCGACGCAGCCACCGAGGAGUUCGCCGUGGUGCUCGCCGAGAAGCUCGAAGCCGACAUCCCCCCGAUAGCCGAGUUCGACGCUGUCGUAGAUCCACCGAGGGGGAUGAUAACCUGUAGAUAG